AUGCAUAUAAAUUUAUUUAUUUUGAUUUAUUUUGUCUUUUUUAAGUUUUCACUAAGAAUCAGUGAAGAAUCGUGGAUUACGCAAGAGAUUUCAUUGGAUGCAGUUUCUCCUUUUAUUUGCUUCCAUACACAGGUGCGUUUGACUAUGCAUUUAUACCAGAGCGGGAUUUGAAUUUGCAUAUUCGCUAGAGUCGAGAGUAAUAAGUAUAUAUUGGAUGCAUGUUCCCUGAUGUAUAAAUGAAACCACGUGUCUGAUCAAUAUGUCCGUUCUACCCAGUGGAAACCAGUGGGCAUAAAAGCAUCCCUUCUACUUGGUAUCUGUAACUGUAUCUGUAGACUAGUACUUUUAACUUUCAACUCUAUUGGUAUGUCCUUUUUAGGUUGAAUGGCAUGAAAACAGAAAAUUUUUGAAAGUUGAAUUUCCAGUAAAUGUUCGCUCACCAAAUGCGACGUACGAAAUUCAAUUUGGACAUCUUCAAAGACCUACGCAUUUUAAUACCAGUUGGGAUUGGGCUCGUUAUGAGGUACUCUAUCACGUACUUUUCACAAAACGCGCAUUGACAUUAAUGGUAAUGAUAAUUAUAGAAAUCGAGUGCAUGCAAGUUAUAAAGUUGCAACUUUCAUUUAUAAUGGCGUGGUUUUAUUGUUCGAGACUACCUGUAACUGAAUACUCUUAGGCCCGUUUCAAACGUCGUGCUUCUCAUGUGCCGAACGCAUUGAAAACAAUAGAUAAUCAGUUGAGAAACCUCAUUAUCUAUUGUUGUUAAUGCGUUCGGCAUGACGUUUGAAACGGGGCUUAGUCGUUUCGAUUAAGGGCCUUCACCAUGCAGUAAAAUGCGGAUUACUUGCUUAUCGUUAUAGGUGUGUGGUCAAAAGUGGUUUAACCUCUCUGAACAUAACUGGGGAUGUAGCAUCAUGAACAACAACAAGUAUGGAUUUUCUACCCGAGGCAACAUAAUGAGCAUUUCCCUGUAAGUACGCAAGACAGUUGUUUAUAAGAUUUAUUAGCAUCAAUUUCGUUUAGUGAAUUUGUGAAAAAUGCAAAUUACUCGUCAAGCAAUUACCCAAGAUAUAUACAAUCUGUACACAAGCUAAUUGGUUGGGACUAAUAGACUAAGAAACAGUUUAAUACAAGUAAAACGUGGACGUUUCGAGCGAAGGCCCUUCCUCGGAAGGCUUUUGCUCGAAACGUCAAAUUUUUACUUGUAUUUUCAGGUAGUUGAACCACUAACAAUCCUCAGUUUCCUGGGGGCCGGUUGUUCAAACCCUGGGGGCCAGUUGUUAGCUUAACCCUGCAUGGGUUAAUGUGAAAUUCAAAGCAUACUUCCCAGCAGUUUGUUUGUAAAUUUGGAAAUAUUUUUUAGAAAUCUUGUCUCGAUCAUCAGAAGUUUAAUUUUCUAAAGUUUUGAAAUAAACAGACGUACAGAUAUACAUAAACCAAAGCAAUGGGUUAAAUUUAACCCAGGGUUAGCGGUAAUCCUGCUUUGAACAACCGGUCCCUUGUGUUUUUGUCACUACCUACAUUGGCACAGACCGUUCCAAUUAAGUAUUAUAAGUUCAGCCGAAUAAUAACGUUUGUUUUCUACUAGCUUGCGUGCCCCUAAAUCCCCGGAUAACGAAGCUGAUAUGGGAAGCCAUGAUUUCAAAUAUGCAGUCUUUCCUCAUACAGGUAACCUAGUGUUUCAUAAAUUUCCUAUACAGUACUUUCAUCUUUUUUAUCAAAACGAACCAGCAUUCGGCAUAUAUAUGCAAGUAUACUACUCGCAACAUUUCCUGCACUUGGUCAAGAAUCCCCAAGAAACACUGAAUUUAAAAAUCUGCAUUAAUUAACACUACCAGUUCGAGACAUUUGAAAAUAUAAAUUUAAGAUUCAAAGCAAAAUUUCGCAAUAAAAGAAUAGAUGCUCCACAUAUUAUGUUGCAACAAAGUAGCCUACUCUUUUAUGGGCGAAUUCCAAUGUGAAGGGAGACACAUUAGACAUUUUGCAUUGUAUCUGUUGUAGGAAACUUCCAGGAUUCGGGAUUAAUACAACAUUCGUACAACUUCAAUAACAAAAUCAGAGUGGUUCCUGCAAAUGUUUGUAAUAGUAAGUUUUAUUUUGAUUUGAUAUUUACUGUAUAAUAAGUGAAGAAGUACGAUCAAGCACCACAAGUUCCUACAAUGACAAUCCAUAGCCGAUACCACCUGUUCUACCAGCCUGGUUUCCAUAUGAUCGUUACGAUCGCUGCAAUAAUUACGACCGCUAUAAAAAUUUACCAUUGACCGUAACGAUCGUUCGUUCAUUUCCGUAUGAUCGCUUCACUUUUUGCGCGCAUAUGAUGUAAGAGAGCUGGGAAAAGUUUAUGGCGCGAAAGUUUAAAAAUGUCAGCAAUAAACGAGCGUCAGCUUGGUUCCUCAACAUAUUGCGAAUUUUUAGACGACGACGACAGAAGCAGAAAUUACGGAGAAAGCAUAGGUUACGAUCGUUGAACUUUCGUUUCCAUAUGUUUGCUGGGGUCGGUAAGAUCGCUGAGAUAGAAAUUUUUCUGUCUCGGCGAUCACGAUCGUUACGAUCAUUGCGGUCGCUGCGAUCGCCAACUAAUUGAUUUCCAUAUAAUCACUACGAUCGCUGGUGCAUUUUUUCAGCAAUCGUAAUGAUUGAAGCGAUCGUAACGAUCGUAUGGAAACUAGGAUUUAGAGAUAUUUUCUUCAAAAAAUACAACAAACGUAUUUUUGAGUAUCAUUAUUACUAGAUUACAUUGAUAUCGAAGGGACUAGAUUCUGUUCCGACCAUAUCACAUACUCGAACCGACCAGACCGCGUAGCUCAGUUGGUAGAGCAUUGGGCUAGUAUUCCAAAGGUCGUAGGUUCGAUUCCCAACGUGGUCAGGCAUAUUUUUCAAGCUUACCCGGUGUGGAUAUACACUCAGAGUAACAUCAGAAGCAUCUUAUUUACCUGCAUGAGUACAUUGCACCAACACAGAAAAUAUCAUUAUUACUAGAUUACAUUGAUAUCGAAGGGACUAGAUUCUGUUCCGAAAUAUCACAUACUCGAACCGACCAGACCGCGUAGCUCAGUUGGUAGAGCAUUGGGCUAGUAUUCCAAAGGUCGUAGGUUCGAUUCCCAACGUGGUCAGGCAUAUUUUUCAAGCUUGCCCGGUGUGGAUAUACACUCAGAGUAACAUCACAAGCAACCUUAUAUGACGUUGUUUAGAGAUGAUAUAUAUUUAUUCAUCGUUGUUUUAUAUUUUUAGAGGUGAAGCCUGUUUCAUUUUUUCAACUCACGAAUGAGGCCAUCGUUUUGGAAACUGUCAAAAAGGUUUGUGUGUUAUUACAUUUUGUUGUUAUUGCCAAUUUCCACAUCAAAAUUCAGAGUUUAGCCUACAUCGGUUGUUAUCCCCUUAUAUAACUAACUGAAUAUAACUGUACCAUGAGGUUUAGAGUGUAUUUUUGUAUAUAUGCAAUUAUUCGGAACACAUUCUGCCAGUGUGUGUUCACUAGACGCAGUAAAAGGCCAAAUCUGAAAAAUUUCGAAAUUUCCAUCCACAAAAUCCUUCAACAUUAGUUGAAUCGAGUAAAAUGCCCCAAACCCCGAUAUUUAUCCAUAUACAUAUACCCUACCAUGACAUCACCUUUAGUUAGUAUUUACACAUGAACUUGUGGUUGUAGAGCUGGACAACCGGACGUUGUGGCUCUGUUGGAUAAAGCACUGCACAGGGUCGCUGAUUCGAUUCCUGCAUGCAGAGGGCCUAUAUAUAGUUGCAUUUUUCGCAGCUUCCCCUGGUUAGGUUUAAAGGCCUGUUUAAACGGAUGCAACAUUGUCCAACAUUUUUUUUUUUUUAACAGCUUUAUUAGGAACUAAAUAUAUUACGUUAAUAAGGUACAAAUACAACAAACAUGCAGUUCCUAAACGGGAAAAUAGCGAACGGGCCAUAAUAGCCCAUGCGAGGCUACCUCCCGAUUUGACUUCUGUCGACAUUUACAUAAAAUUAAAAAUUUAAAAUCGUUGAAAGCACGUUUACACGCAUUCACGCCAAAGUGAUAGGACCUAUGUUAAAAUAAUUAUUUGUAAGCCAGAUAAAACGUCAUUUGGUGGCAUCAAUCAUAAAAGAGGUACCCCGACCGGUCGUAACGCGUAAACGUGCUUUAACUCCUGUGACAAGCACAAUCUCUAACAACUGACCAAGUACAUGUCAAAUUUGCAUCAAAAACAUUCACUAAAAGUUCAUUAUAAUGACUGAUUAAGAACGUUUUAAAAGUGGUGACACUAGUAAAGCUGCUACAUGUGGCAACUUUGCAUAUUGAGUUCCAUAUCUUUACAAUUCGAUUAAUUAAUUCGAUUACAUUGCAGUGGACCAACAAUGUUGGGUGAUGUUGGUACAACAUGUUGCAUCUGCCAUCUGUUUAAACAGGCCUUUGUAAUAAAUGCAUAAAUUUACACUCGAAAUUUCCAUCUACAAAAUCUUUCAACAUUAGUGGAAUAAGAUGCCCAAAAAUCACGAUAUUUUAAUAAAAGUAUCAGGCUAUUUAGCCAACCUCGUCCCCAGGUGUUUAGCAGCUCGUUUGUUUUGGGCGACGUUACUUUUGGAAGGCUGCUAUUAUGCACGCGGGGGUGUUGAAAUACGAUAUGACGUUACUUUUGGUAUUCUAUGUUAUUUGUGUCUGUAUGUGUCUGUUCUUCCAUUUCAAGGCUGAAAAUGAAGUUGAUGCUUUGGUUUUGAGAGCGUAUGAAUCUUUUGGCGGGCACAACUCCACACGUAUUGUAUCACAAUUUGGUAUUUCCAAGGUUCAGAGGUACAGCGCUUACCGUAACUAUAGUGCCAUUCAUUGUUUUUUCGUAACUAUAGUGCCAUUCAUUCUCCCACUGUUUUCCAUGCCAUCCAGUCGCCGAUUGUUUUUACUUGUGUUUGCAUUUAUGGAAGCGGUCUAAUAGUAUUUGAAAUUACAAGUUGUUGACUCGUAUAUAAUUAUUAUACACCAUAACCCCCCUAACAAGCCAGGGUAUGAGCCUGCUAAUCAUGCACGUUUGAAAUGGUCAAAUGCGUUAAUGAAGAUACACGACAGUUGUUGCUUACCAGUCAAAAAGGCCUCAGGACAAAACGUUCUCGAAUCCAAAGAAGACCGACCUAUGUUACACGGAGAUUUUCAAACUUUAGAUAUAUUAUAUUCUAAUUAUGUUAAUUAGGUCAACUUAGUUGAAUGUUUUAAAACAUGGAGAGAUGAAUACGCGAAGCAUGAGUUAAUACACGUUUAAUGGUUAAUAUGUGUGGUUUGAAUUGGUUUUGAAUUUUGAUGCUGUAAAUGGAGAAUGAGCAAGAAUAUAUUGGCAAAACUUUAUCUGCCUAUUUUGCUUUGAACGAAUUACUCUUGAGAAAAAUGCAAGAAAUUUCAUAUAAACAUGCACUCGCUCAUAAGGAAGAUUAUUGAUUGAAGCCUCUAUUUCCAAUCAUGAAUGAUCUUGCAAUCUAUUUCGAUGCAAAAAUUUUAAAUAUAGUAACAGAGAACCCGUAGGUUACUUCUUGCUCGGCGCGCGGGAAAGCAUGCAUGAGUCCCUUUCACCUCGAUAUAUUUGGUAAUAGCGAGCUUAAACAUGUAGGACGGCAACGUCGACGACGGCCAAAACAAAUUCCUUCAAAUAUAAAUGAUAGUAAAGAAAACUUGUCGUAUAUUAUAAUUCGUAUGAAUUUAAUACAGUAUAAGAAGUUGAAAACAUUGGCUUUAUGUUUGGGAAGAGUUCUACUGAACCGAAUUUUAAGUUGCACUUAAAUGCAGGCGCUGUGAGUUGCCGUUGUAAACAGAGCGACGACUACGCCUGAAACUCCCCUGGGACUUUAAUUAUUUAUUCUUUUCAUUGACUCAUUGCAUUGCAGUGGUUGCCGUCGUGUUGCCGUCCUACAUGCUUAAGCUCCCUAUUGAUUACAAAUACGGUGACGCCGGUAAAAUAUUUGUCUCGGUUUUGAGCAUAAUUUCUUUUGAACUUGUAAAGAAUCAUAUACGGUAAUGAAUGGCAUCACAGGUGCAGGUGCACACAGUUAAAUGCGUCGUAAGCAUUUUUAUAUAAUAACUACAGUGAAACACGCAAUUUGAUUGGUUAAUAGCCGUGCAGGAUCAGGCUAUCCUGCACGAGGAAUUAAAAUGCCUUCGCGGGAUUUUCGCGGGAUUCACAAAAUGUCAUUGUUUCACUGUAGUUAUUUUAUAAAACAAUUACCAAAUGGUUGUCCAAGCAGGAUAGCGUGAUCCAUGCACUUGGGAUGUUGCUCGACUUUCGGAAAGCGUAAAAAUACACUCGCCUGCGGCUCGAGUAUUUUUACGCUUUCCGAAAGUCUCGCGACAUCCCUCGUGCAUGGAUCACGCAAUCCUGCACGGAAAACCAUUCGGUAUUCCUUUAAUCAUGUUAUACAUACAAAUCUUGAAAGGUCUGUGCCAGUGUAAGUAUAUACUGCCAAUAAUAAGAAAGCUUCGGAUAGAUAAGGAUGCAACUACUUGAAAAAUACAAGGAGAACUUCGUUGUUUCGAGUGAAUACUCUCAGUAUAGCUAACUUAAUAAGGUGUAUGGACAUAAUCAUACUUGAAAUUAUUUAAUUGUGUGUUGUAAGCACUUUUAUAAUAAAAUAUAUGGCAUUUUAAGGUGUGAUCUCUUGGAGCGGCCUCAAGAAGAAUUGCCUUGGAAGGAUGAUGGUCUAGAACUGGAAUUUAAACCUUUUGAAAUUAUUACAUUAAUUUGUUUCUUAUCAAAUACCUAA